AAAUCCUCAUUCGCAUCCCGAGCAUCGUCGAGUACGAAGCUUAACCGGUGUCCUUUUCUCCUCAUAUCAAAAAAGAUAAAGAGAGAGAAAGAGAGAAGAUAUAAAAAAGUAAAUCAGAACAUUUUACGGUAUUAAGAGAAGCUAAUUUCUAUCUCUCAUAUUUUUUAUCCAUCGAUAUUCAACGAUAAAGAAAUAUUAUCCGAGAGAAAAGAGAGAGAAAGAGAGAGAAUAUUGUUGAAGAUAUAAUAAUAAAAAAGAGAUAGAAAGAGAUAGAAAAAAUGAAGUUCUCUUUGGUGUGGUUGUUCUGCUGUCUCGUCAUCCUGGCUGAAAGGACCCUUGGCAAUCCCUAUUUUGACGAAGAUUCGCUUGCUUUAGUCCCGGAAGAAGACUCAUUACAGGUAGUAGACUCAGACUAUUCAGACAAUGCCUUGGAGAAUUUAAUGCGAGCGGCUCAACAAAAGCGUUCCUCGUUGAUUCAUUUGUUCAGACGUGCCUGCAUAAGACGCGGUGGUAACUGCGAUCACCGGCCAAAGGAUUGUUGCUAUAGCUCGAGUUGCCGUUGCAAUUUAUGGGGUUCUAACUGUCAGUGUCAACGGAUGGGUCUCUUCCAAAAAUGGGGUUAAACUGGACGAUCCAAUCCCUAAAAUGACCCUGAUGAUCUCACUAUACCAAAUCCAACGCUCUUAUAUUUCAUUUCCUUAUACAUUGUAAACCCCGACCCGACCCAACCACC